GGCCAUCCGGCCCUCCUCAACCUUCCCCCCCUCGCGUCCUCCUCCCAAGGGCCAUCCGGCCCCUCCUCAACCUUCCCCCCUCGCGUCCUCCUCCCAAGGGCCAUCCGGCCCUCCUCAACCUUCCCCCCUCGCGUCCUCCUCCCAAGGGCCAUCCGGCCCUCCUCAACCUUCCCCCCUCGCGUCCUCCUCCCAAGGGCCAUCCGGCCCUCCUCAACCUUCCCCCUCGCGUCCUCCUCCCAAGGGCCAUCCGGCCCUCCUCAACCUUCCCCCCUCGCGUCCUCCUCCCAAGGGCCAUCCGGCCCUCCUCAACCUUCCCCCCUCGCGUCCUCCUCCCAAGGGCCAUCCGGCCCUCCUCAACCUUCCCCCUCGCGUCCUCCUCCCAAGGGCCAUCCGGCCCUCCUCAACCUUCCCCCCUCGCGUCCUCCUCCCAAGGGCCAUCCGGCCCUCCUCAAACCUUCCCCCCUCGCGUCCUCCUCCCAAGGGCCAUCCGGCCCUCCUCAACCUUCCCCCCUCGCGUCCUCCUCCCAAGGGCCAUCCGGCCCUCCUCAACCUUCCCCCCUCGCGUCCUCCUCCCAAGGGCCAUCCGGCCCUCCUCAACCUUCCCCCCUCGCGUCCUCCUCCCAAGGGCCAUCCGGCCCUCCUCAACCUUCCCCCCUCGCGUCCUCCUCCCAAGGGCCAUCCGGCCCUCCUCAACCUUCCCCCCUCGCGUCCUCCUCCCAAGGGCCAUCCGGCCCUCCUCAACCUUCCCCCCUCGCGUCCUCCUCCCAAGGGCCAUCCGGCCCUCCUCAACCUUCCCCCCUCGCGUCCUCCUCCCAAGGGCCAUCCGGCCCUCCUCAACCUUCCCCCCUCGCGUCCUCCUCCCAAGGGCCAUCCGGCCCUCCUCAACCUUCCCCCCUCGCGUCCUCCUCCCAAGGGCCAUCCGGCCCUCCUCAACCUUCCCCCCUCGCGUCCUCCUCCCAAGGGCCAUCCGGCCCUCCUCAACCUUCCCCCCUCGCGUCCUCCUCCCAAGGGCCAUCCGGCCCUCCUCAACCUUCCCCCCUCGCGUCCUCCUCCCAAGGGCCAUCCGGCCCUCCUCAACCUUCCCCCCUCGCGUCCUCCUCCCAAGGGCCAUCCGGCCCUCCUCAACCUUCCCCCCUCGCGUCCUCCUCCCAAGGGCCAUCCGGCCCUCCUCAACCUUCCCCCCUCGCGUCCUCCUCCCAAGGGCCAUCCGGCCCUCCUCAACCUUCCCCCCUCGCGUCCUCCUCCCAAGGGCCAUCCGGCCCUCCUCAACCUUCCCCCCUCGCGUCCUCCUCCCAAGGGCCAUCCGGCCCUCCUCAACCUUCCCCCCUCGCGUCCUCCUCCCAAGGGCCAUCCGGCCCUCCUCAACCUUCCCCCCUCGCGUCCUCCUCCCAAGGGCCAUCCGGCCCUCCUCAACCUUCCCCCCUCGCGUCCUCCUCCCAAGGGCCAUCCGGCCCUCCUCAACCUUCCCCCCUCGCGUCCUCCUCCCAAGGGCCAUCCGGCCCUCCUCAACCUUCCCCCCUCGCGUCCUCCUCCCAAGGGCCAUCCGGCCCUCCUCAACCUUCCCCCUCGCGUCCUCCUCCCAAGGGCCAUCCGGCCCUCCUCAACCUUCCCCCCUCGCGUCCUCCUCCCAAGGGCCAUCCGGCCCUCCUCAACCUUCCCCCCUCGCGUCCUCCUCCCAAGGGCCAUCCGGCCCUCCUCAACCUUCCCCCCUCGCGUCCUCCUCCCAAGGGCCAUCCGGCCCUCCUCAACCUUCCCCCCUCGCGUCCUCCUCCCAAGGGCCAUCCGGCCCUCCUCAACCUUCCCCCCUCGCGUCCUCCUCCCAAGGGCCAUCCGGCCCUCCUCAACCUUCCCCCCUCGCGUCCUCCUCCCAAGGGCCAUCCGGCCCUCCUCAACCUUCCCCCCUCGCGUCCUCCUCCCAAGGGCCAUCCGGCCCUCCUCAACCUUCCCCCCUCGCGUCCUCCUCCCAAGGGCCAUCCGGCCCUCCUCAACCUUCCCCCCUCGCGUCCUCCUCCCAAGGGCCAUCCGGCCCUCCUCAACCUUCCCCCCUCGCGUCCUCCUCCCAAGGGCCAUCCGGCCCUCCUCAACCUUCCCCCCUCGCGUCCUCCUCCCAAGGGCCAUCCGGCCCUCCUCAACCUUCCCCCCUCGCGUCCUCCUCCCAAGGGCCAUCCGGCCCUCCUCAACCUUCCCCCCUCGCGUCCUCCUCCCAAGGGCCAUCCGGCCCUCCUCAACCUUCCCCCCUCGCGUCCUCCUCCCAAGGGCCAUCCGGCCCUCCUCAACCUUCCCCCCUCGCGUCCUCCUCCCAAGGGCCAUCCGGCCCUCCUCAACCUUCCCCCCUCGCGUCCUCCUCCCAAGGGCCAUCCGGCCCUCCUCAACCUUCCCCCUCGCGUCCUCCUCCCAAGGGCCAUCCGGCCCUCCUCAACCUUCCCCCCUCGCGUCCUCCUCCCAAGGGCCAUCCGGCCCUCCUCAACCUUCCCCCCUCGCGUCCUCCUCCCAAGGGCCAUCCGGCCCUCCUCAACCUUCCCCCCUCGCGUCCUCCUCCCAAGGGCCAUCCGGCCCUCCUCAACCUUCCCCCCUCGCGUCCUCCUCCCAAGGGCCAUCCGGCCCUCCUCAACCUUCCCCCCUCGCGUCCUCCUCCCAAGGGCCAUCCGGCCCUCCUCAACCUUCCCCCCUCGCGUCCUCCUCCCAAGGGCCAUCCGGCCCUCCUCAACCUUCCCCCCUCGCGUCCUCCUCCCAAGGGCCAUCCGGCCCUCCUCAACCUUCCCCCCUCGCGUCCUCCUCCCAAGGGCCAUCCGGCCCUCCUCAACCUUCCCCCCUCGCGUCCUCCUCCCAAGGGCCAUCCGGCCCUCCUCAACCUUCCCCCCUCGCGUCCUCCUCCCAAGGGCCAUCCGGCCCUCCUCAACCUUCCCCCUCGCGUCCUCCUCCAAGGGCCAUCCGCCGCCUCAACCUCCCCCUCGCGCCUCCUCCCAAGGGCCAUCCGGCCCUCCUCAACCUUCCCCCCUCGCGUCCUCCUCCCAAGGGCCAUCCGGCCCUCCUCAACCUUCCCCCCUCGCGUCCUCCUCCCAAGGGCCAUCCGGCCCUCCUCAACCUUCCCCCCUCGCGUCCUCCUCCCAAGGGCCAUCCGGCCCUCCUCAACCUUCCCCCUCGCGUCCUCCUCCCAAGGGCCAUCCGGCCCUCCUCAACCUUCCCCCUCGCGUCCUCCUCCCAAGGGCCAUCCGGCCCUCCUCAACCUUCCCCCCUCGCGUCCUCCUCCCAAGGGCCAUCCGGCCCUCCUCAACCUUCCCCCCUCGCGUCCUCCUCCCAAGGGCCAUCCGGCCCUCCUCAACCUUCCCCCUCGCGUCCUCCUCCCAAGGGCCAUCCGGCCCUCCUCAACCUUCCCCCCUCGCGUCCUCCUCCCAAGGGCCAUCCGGCCCUCCUCAACCUUCCCCCCUCGCGUCCUCCUCCCAAGGGCCAUCCGGCCCUCCUCAACCUUCCCCCCUCGCGUCCUCCUCCCAAGGGCCAUCCGGCCCUCCUCAACCUUCCCCCCUCGCGUCCUCCUCCCAAGGGCCAUCCGGCCCUCCUCAACCUUCCCCCCUCGCGUCCUCCUCCCAAGGGCCAUCCGGCCCUCCUCAACCUUCCCCCCCUCGCGUCCUCCUCCCAAGGGCCAUCCGGCCCUCCUCAACCUUCCCCCCUCGCGUCCUCCUCCCAAGGGCCAUCCGGCCCUCCUCAACCUUCCCCCCUCGCGUCCUCCUCCCAAGGGCCAUCCGGCCCUCCUCAACCUUCCCCCCUCGCGUCCUCCUCCCAAGGGCCAUCCGGCCCUCCUCAACCUUCCCCCCUCGCGUCCUCCUCCCAAGGGCCAUCCGGCCCUCCUCAACCUUCCCCCCUCGCGUCCUCCUCCCAAGGGCCAUCCGGCCCUCCUCAACCUUCCCCCCUCGCGUCCUCCUCCCAAGGGCCAUCCGGCCCUCCUCAACCUUCCCCCCUCGCGUCCUCCUCCCAAGGGCCAUCCGGCCCUCCUCAACCUUCCCCCCUCGCGUCCUCCUCCCAAGGGCCAUCCGGCCCUCCUCAACCUUCCCCCCUCGCGUCCUCCUCCCAAGGGCCAUCCGGCCCUCCUCAACCUUCCCCCCUCGCGUCCUCCUCCCAAGGGCCAUCCGGCCCUCCUCAACCUUCCCCCCUCGCGUCCUCCUCCCAAGGGCCAUCCGGCCCUCCUCAACCUUCCCCCCUCGCGUCCUCCUCCCAAGGGCCAUCCGGCCCUCCUCAACCUUCCCCCCUCGCGUCCUCCUCCCAAGGGCCAUCCGGCCCUCCUCAACCUUCCCCCCUCGCGUCCUCCUCCCAAGGGCCAUCCGGCCCUCCUCAACCUUCCCCCCUCGCGUCCUCCUCCCAAGGGCCAUCCGGCCCUCCUCAACCUUCCCCCCUCGCGUCCUCCUCCCAAGGGCCAUCCGGCCCUCCUCAACCUCCCCUCGCGUCCUCCUCCCAAGGGCCAUCCGCCCUCCUCAACCUUCCCCCCUCGCGUCCUCCUCCCAAGGGCCAUCCGGCCCUCCUCAACCUUCCCCCCUCGCGUCCUCCUCCCAAGGGCCAUCCGGCCCUCCUCAACCUUCCCCCCUCGCGUCCUCCUCCCAAGGGCCAUCCGGCCCUCCUCAACCUUCCCCCCUCGCGUCCUCCUCCCAAGGGCCAUCCGGCCCUCCUCAACCUUCCCCCCUCGCGUCCUCCUCCCAAGGGCCAUCCGGCCCUCCUCAACCUUCCCCCCUCGCGUCCUCCUCCCAAGGGCCAUCCGGCCCUCCUCAACCUUCCCCCCUCGCGUCCUCCUCCCAAGGGCCAUCCGGCCCUCCUCAACCUUCCCCCCUCGCGUCCUCCUCCCAAGGGCCAUCCGGCCCUCCUCAACCUUCCCCCCUCGCGUCCUCCUCCCAAGGGCCAUCCGGCCCUCCUCAACCUUCCCCCCUCGCGUCCUCCUCCCAAGGGCCAUCCGGCCCUCCUCAACCUUCCCCCCUCGCGUCCUCCUCCCAAGGGCCAUCCGGCCCUCCUCAACCUUCCCCCCUCGCGUCCUCCUCCCAAGGGCCAUCCGGCCCUCCUCAACCUUCCCCCCUCGCGUCCUCCUCCCAAGGGCCAUCCGGCCCUCCUCAACCUUCCCCCCUCGCGUCCUCCUCCCAAGGGCCAUCCGGCCCUCCUCAACCUUCCCCCCUCGCGUCCUCCUCCCAAGGGCCAUCCGGCCCUCCUCAACCUUCCCCCCUCGCGUCCUCCUCCCAAGGGCCAUCCGGCCCUCCUCAACCUUCCCCCCUCGCGUCCUCCUCCCAAGGGCCAUCCGGCCCUCCUCAACCUUCCCCCCUCGCGGCCAUCCGGCCCUCCUCAACCUUCCCCCUCGCGUCCUCCUCCCAAGGGCCAUCCGGCCCUCCUCAACCUUCCCCCCUCGCGUCCUCCUCCCAAGGGCCAUCCGGCCCUCCUCAACCUUCCCCCCUCGCGUCCUCCUCCCAAGGGCCAUCCGGCCCUCCUCAACCUUCCCCCCUCGCGUCCUCCUCCCAAGGGCCAUCCGGCCCUCCUCAACCUUCCCCCCUCGCGUCCUCCUCCCAAGGGCCAUCCGGCCCUCCUCAACCUUCCCCCCUCGCGUCCUCCUCCCAAGGGCCAUCCGGCCCUCCUCAACCUUCCCCCCUCGCGUCCUCCUCCCAAGGGCCAUCCGGCCCUCCUCAACCUUCCCCCCUCGCGUCCUCCUCCCAAGGGCCAUCCGGCCCUCCUCAACCUUCCCCCCUCGCGUCCUCCUCCCAAGGGCCAUCCGGCCCUCCUCAACCUUCCCCCCUCGCGUCCUCCUCCCAAGGGCCAUCCGGCCCUCCUCAACCUUCCCCCCUCGCGUCCUCCUCCCAAGGGCCAUCCGGCCCUCCUCAACCUUCCCCCCUCGCGUCCUCCUCCCAAGGGCCAUCCGGCCCUCCUCAACCUUCCCCCCUCGCGUCCUCCUCCCAAGGGCCAUCCGGCCCUCCUCAACCUUCCCCCCUCGCGUCCUCCUCCCAAGGGCCAUCCGGCCCUCCUCAACCUUCCCCCCUCGCGUCCUCCUCCCAAGGGCCAUCCGGCCCUCCUCAACCUUCCCCCCUCGCGUCCUCCUCCCAAGGGCCAUCCGGCCCUCCUCAACCUUCCCCCCUCGCGUCCUCCUCCCAAGGGCCAUCCGGCCCUCCUCAACCUUCCCCCCUCGCGUCCUCCUCCCAAGGGCCAUCCGGCCCUCCUCAACCUUCCCCCCUCGCGUCCUCCUCCCAAGGGCCAUCCGGCCCUCCUCAACCUUCCCCCCUCGCGUCCUCCUCCCAAGGGCCAUACCGGCCCUCCUCAACCUUCCCCCUCGCGUCCUCCUCCCAAGGGCCAUCCGGCCCUCCUCAACCUUCCCCCCUCGCGUCCUCCUCCCAAGGGCCAUCCGGCCCUCCUCAACCUUCCCCCCUCGCGUCCUCCUCCCAAGGGCCAUCCGGCCCUCCUCAAACCUUCCCCCCCUCGCGUCCUCCUCCCAAGGGCCAUCCGGCCCUCCUCAACCUUCCCCCCUCGCGUCCUCCUCCCAAGGGCCAUCCGGCCCUCCUCAACCUUCCCCCCUCGCGUCCUCCUCCAAGGGCCAUCCGGCCCUCCUCAACCUUCCCCCCUCGCGUCCUCCUCCCAAGGGCCAUCCGGCCCUCCUCAACCUUCCCCCCUCGCGUCCUCCUCCCAAGGGCCAUCCGGCCCUCCUCAACCUUCCCCCCUCGCGUCCUCCUCCCAAGGGCCAUCCGGCCCUCCUCAACCUUUCCCCCCUCGCGUCCUCCUCCCAAGGGCCAUCCGGCCCUCCUCAACCUUCCCCCCUCGCGUCCUCCUCCCAAGGGCCAUCCGGCCCUCCUCAACCUUCCCCCCUCGCGUCCUCCUCCCAAGGGCCAUCCGGCCCCUCCUCAACCUUCCCCCCUCGCGUCCUCCUCCCAAGGGCCAUCCGGCCUCCUCAACCUUCCCCCCUCGCGUCCUCCUCCCAAGGGCCAUCCGGCCCUCCUCAACCUUCCCCCCUCGCGUCCUCCUCCCAAGGGCCAUCCGGCCCUCCUCAACCUUCCCCCCUCGCGUCCUCCUCCCAAGGGCCAUCCGGCCCUCCUCAACCUUCCCCCCUCGCGUCCUCCUCCCAAGGGCCAUCCGGCCCUCCUCAACCUUCCCCCCUCGCGUCCUCCUCCCAAGGGCCAUCCGGCCCUCCUCAACCUUCCCCUCCCACCUCGCGUCCUCCUCCCAAGGGCCAUCCGGCCCUCCUCAACCUUCCCCCCUCGCGUCCUCCUCCCAAGGGCCAUCCGGCCCUCCUCAACCUUCCCCCCUCGCGUCCUCCUCCAAGGGCCAUCCGGCCCUCCUCAACCUUCCCCCCUCGCGUCCUCCUCCCAAAGGGCCAUCCGCCCUCCUCAACCUUCCCCCCUCGCGUCCUCCUCCCAAGGGCCAUCCGGCCCUCCUCAAACCUUCCCCCCUCGCGUCCUCCUCCCAAGGGCCAUCCGGCCCUCCUCAACCUUCCCCCCUCGCGUCCUCCUCCCAAGGGCCAUCCGGCCCUCCUCAACCUUCCCCCCUCGCGUCCUCCUCCCAAGGGCCAUCCGCCCUCCUCAACCUUCCCCCUCGCGUCCUCCUCCCAAGGGCCAUCCGGCCCUCCUCAACCUUCCCCCCUCGCGUCCUCCUCCCAAGGGCCAUCCGGCCCUCCUCAACCUUCCCCCCUCGCGUCCUCCUCCCAAGGGCCAUCCGGCCCUCCUCACCUUCCCCCCUCGCGUCCUCCUCCCAAGGGCCAUCCGGCCCUCCUCAACCUUCCCCCUCGCGUCCUCCUCCCAAGGGCCAUCCGGCCCUCCUCAACCUUCCCCCCUCGCGUCCUCCUCCCAAGGGCCAUCCGGCCCUCCUCAACCUUCCCCCCGUCGCGUCCUCCUCCCAAGGGCCAUCCGGCCCUCCUCAACCUUCCCCCCUCGCGUCCUCCUCCCAAGGGCCAUCCGGCCCUCCUCAACCUUCCCCCCUCGCGUCCUCCUCCCAAGGGCCAUCCGGCCCUCCUCAACCUUCCCCCCUCGCGUCCUCCUCCCAAGGGCCAUCCGGCCCUCCUCAACCUUCCCCCCUCGCGUCCUCCUCCCAAGGGCCGCCGCAUCCUCACCUUCCCCCUCGCGUCCUCCUCCAAGGGCCAUCCGGCCUCUCAACCUUCCCCCCUCGCGUCCUCCUCCCAAGGGCCAUCCGGCCCUCCUCAACCUUCCCCCCUCGCGUCCUCCUCCCAAGGGCCAUCCGGCCUCCUCAACCUUCCCCCUCGCGUCCUCCUCCCAAGGGCCAUCCGGCCCUCCUCAACCUUCCCCCCUCGCGUCCUCCUCCCAAGGGCCAUCCGGCCCUCCUCAACCUUCCCCCCUCGCGUCCUCCUCCCAAGGGCCAUCCGGCCCCCUCAACCUUCCCCCCUCGCUCCUCCUCCCAAGGGCCAUCCGGCCCUCCUCAACCUUCCCACCCUCGCGUCCUCCUCCCAAGGGCCAUCCGGCCCUCCUCAACCUUCCCCCCUCGCGUCCUCCUCCCAAGGGCCAUCCGGCCCUCCUCAACCUUCCCCCCUCGCGUCCUCCUCCCAAGGGCCAUCCGGCCCUCCUCAACCUUCCCCCCUCGCGUCCUCCUCCCAAGGGCCCAUCCGGCCCUCCUCAACCUUCCCCCCUCGCGUCCCUCCUCCCAAGGGCCAUCCGGCCUCCUCAACCGUCCCCUCGCUCCUCCUCCAUGGCCCAUCCGGCCUCCUCAACCUUCCCACCCUCGCGUCCUCCUCCCAAGGGCCAUCCGGCCCUCCUCAACCUUCCCCCCUCCGCGUCCUCCUCCAAGGGGCCAUCCGGCCCUCCUCAACCUUCCCCUCCUCCGCGUCCUCCUCCCAAGGGCCAUCCGGCCCUCCUCAACCUUCCCCCCUCGCGUCCUCCUCCAAGGGCCAUCCGGCCCUCCUCAACCUUCCCCCCUCGCGUCCUCCUCCCAAGGGCCAUCCGGCCCUCCUCAACCUUCCCCCUCGCGUCCUCCUCCCAAGGGCCAUCCGGCCCUCCUCAACCUUCCCCCCUCGCGUCCUCCUCCCAAGGGCCAUCCGGCCCUCCUCAACCUUCCCCCCUCGCGUCCUCCUCCCAAGGGCCAUCCGGCCCUCCUCAACCUUCCCCCCUCGCGUCCUCCUCCCAAGGGCCAUCCGGCCCUCCUCAACCUUCCCCCCUCGCGUCCUCCUCCCAAGGGCCAUCCGGCCCUCCUCAACCUUCCCCCCUCGCGUCCUCCUCCCAAGGGCCAUCCGGCCCUCCUCAACCUUCCCCCCUCGCGUCCUCCUCCCAAGGGCCAUCCGGCCCUCCUCAACCUUCCCCCCUCGCGUCCUCCUCCCAAGGGCCAUCCGGCCCUCCUCAACCUUCCCCCCUCGCGUCCUCCUCCCAAGGGCCAUCCGGCCCUCCUCAACCUUCCCCCCCUCGCGUCCUCCUCCCAAGGGCCAUCCGGCCCUCCUCAACCUUCCCCCCUCGCGUCCUCCUCCCAAGGGCCAUCCGGCCCUCCUCAACCUUCCCCCCUCGCGUCCUCCUCCCAAGGGCCAUCCGGCCCUCCUCAACCUUCCCCCCUCGCGUCCUCCUCCCAAGGGCCAUCCGGCCCUCCUCAACCUUCCCCCCUCGCGUCCUCCUCCCAAGGGCCAUCCGGCCCUCCUCAACCUUCCCCCCUCGCGUCCUCCUCCCAAGGGCCAUCCGGCCCUCCUCAACCUUCCCCCCUCGCGUCCUCCUCCCAAGGGCCAUCCGGCCCUCCUCAACCUUCCCCCCUCGCGUCCUCCUCCCAAGGGCCAUCCGGCCCUCCUCAACCUUCCCCCCUCGCGUCCUCCUCCCAAGGGCCAUCCGGCCCUCCUCAACCUUCCCCCCUCGCGUCCUCCUCCCAAGGGCCAUCCGGCCCUCCUCAACCUUCCCCCCUCGCGUCCUCCUCCAAGGGCCAUCCGGCCCUCCUCAACCUUCCCCCCUCGCGUCCUCCUCCCAAGGGCCAUCCGGCCCUCCUCAACCUUCCCUCCCCUCGCGUCCUCCUCCCAAAGGGCCAUCCGGCCCUCCUCAACCUUCCCCCCUCGCGUCCUCCUCCCAAGGGCCAUCCGGCCCUCCUCAACCUUCCCCCCUCGCGUCCUCCUCCCAAGGGCCAUCCGGCCCUCCUCAACCUUCCCCCCUCGCGUCCUCCUCCCAAGGGCCAUCCGGCCCUCCUCACCUUCCCCCCUCGCGUCCUCCUCCCAAGGGCCAUCCGGCCCUCCUCAACCUUCCCCCCUCGCGUCCUCCUCCCAAGGGCCAUCCGGCCCUCCUCAACCUUCCCCCCUCGCGUCCUCCUCCCAAGGGCCAUCCGCCCUCCUCAACCUUCCCCCCUCGCGUCCUCCUCCCAAGGGCCAUCCGGCCCUCCUCACCUUCCCCCCUCGCGUCCUCCUCCCAAGGGCCAUCCGGCCCUCCUCAACCUUCCCCCCUCGCGUCCUCCUCCCAAGGGCCAUCCGGCCUCCUCACCUUCCCCCCUCGCGUCCUCCUCCCAAGGGCCAUCCGGCCCGUCCUCAACCUUCCCCCCUCGCGUCCUCCUCCCAAGGGCCAUCCGGCCCUCCUCAACCUAUCCCCCUCGCGUCCUCCUCCCAAGGGCCAUCCGGCCCUCCUCAACCUUCCCCCCUCGCGUCCUCCUCCCAAGGGCCAUCCGGCCCUCCUCAACCUUCCCCCCUCGCGUCCUCCUCCCAAGGGCCAUCCGGCCCUCCUCAACCUUCCCCCUCGCGUCCUCCUCCCAAGGGCCAUCCGGCCCUCCUCAACCUUCCCCCCUCGCGUCCUCCUCCCAAGGGCCAUCCGGCCCUCCUCAACCUUCCCCCCCUCGCGUCCUCCUCCCAGGGCCAUCCGGCCCUCCUCAACCUUCCCCCCUCCCCCCUCGCGUCCUCCUCCCAAGGGCCAUCCGGCCCUCCUCAACCUUCCCCCCUCGCGUCCUCCUCCAAGGGCCAUCCGGCCCUCCUCAACCUUCCCCCCUCGCGUCCUCCUCCCAAGGGCCAUCCGGCCCUCCUCAACCUUCCCCCUCGCGUCCUCCUCCCAAGGGCCAUCCGGCCCUCCUCAACCCUUCCCCCCUCGCGUCCUCCUCCCAAGGGCCAUCCGGCCCUCCUCAACCUUCCCCCUCGCGUCCUCCUCCCAAGGGCCAUCCGGCCCUCCUCAACCUUCCCCCCUCGCGUCCUCCUCCCCAGGGCCAUCCGGCCCUCCUCAACCUUCCCCCCUCGCGUCCCUCCUCCCAAGGGCCAUCCGGCCCUCCUCAACCUUCCCCCCUCCGCGUCCUCCUCCCAAGGGCCAUCCGGCCCUCCUCAAACCUUCCCCCCCUCGCGUCCUCCUCCCAAGGGCCAUCCGGCCCUCCUCAACCUUCCCCCCUCGCGUCCUCCUCCCAAGGGCCAUCCGGCCCUCCUCAACCUUCCCCCCUCGCGUCCUCCUCCCAAGGGCCAUCCGGCCCUCCUCAACCUUCCCCCUCGCGUCCUCCUCCCAAGGGCCAUCCGGCCCUCCUCAACCUUCCCCCCUCGCGUCCUCCUCCCAAGGGCCAUCCGGCCCUCCUCAACCUUCCCCCCUCGCGUCCUCCUCCCAAGGGCCAUCCGGCCCUCCUCAACCUUCCCCCUCGCGUCCUCCUCCCAGGGCCAUCCGGCCCUCCUCAACCUUCCCCCCUCGCGUCCUCCUACCAAGGGCCAUCCGGCCCUCCUCAACCUUCCCCCUCGCUCCUCCUCCCAAGGGCCAUCCGGCCCUCCUCAACCUUCCCCCCUCGCGUCCUCCUCCCAAGGGCCAUCCGCCCUCCUCAACCUUCCCCCCUCGCGUCCUCCUCCCAAGGGGCCAUCCGCCCUCCUCAAACUUCCCCCCUCGCGUCCUCCUCCCAAGGGCCAUCCGGCCCUCCUCAACCUUCCCCCCUCGCGUCCUCCUCCCAAGGGCCAUCCGGCCCUCCUCAACCUUCCCCCCUCGCGUCCUCCUCCCAAGGGCCAUCCGGCCCUCCUCAACCUUCCCCCUCGCGUCCUCCUCCCAAGGGCCAUCCGGCCUCCUCAACCUUCCCCCCUCGCGUCCUCCUCCCAAGGGCCAUCCGGCCCUCCUCAACCUUCCCCCCUCGCGUCCUCCUCCCAAGGGCCAUCCGGCCCUCCUCAACCUUCCCCCCUCGCGUCCUCCUCCCAAGGGCCAUCCGGCCCUCCUCAACCUUCCCCCCUCGCGUCCUCCUCCCAAGGGCCAUCCGGCCCUCCUCAACCUUCCCCCCUCGCGUCUCCUCCCAAGGGCCAUCCGGCCCUCCUCAACCUUCCCCCUCGCGUCCUCCUCCCAAGGGCCAUCCGGCCCUCCUCAACCUUCCCCCCUCGCGUCCUCCUCCCAAGGGCCAUCCGGCCCUCCUCAACCUUCCCCCCCCUCGCGUCCUCCUCCCAAGGGCCAUCCGGCCCUCCUCAACCUUCCCCCCUCGCGUCCUCCUCCCAAGGGCCAUCCGGCCCUCCUCAACCUUCCCCCCUCGCGUCCUCCUCCCAAGGGCCAUCCGGCCCUCCUCAACCUUCCCCCUCGCGUCCUCCUCCCAAGGGCCAUCCGGCCCUCCUCAACCUUCCCCCCUCGCGUCCUCCUCCCAAGGGCCAUCCGGCCCUCCUCAACCUUCCCCCCUCGCGUCCUCCUCCCAAGGGCCAUCCGGCCCUCCUCAACCUUCCCCCCUCGCGUCAUCCUCCCAAGGGCCAUCCGGCCCUCCUCAACCUUCCCCCCUCGCGUCCUCCUCCCAAGGGCCAUCCGGCCCUCCUCAACCUUCCCCCCUCGCGUCCUCCUCCCAAGGGCCAUCCGGCCCUCCUCAACCUUCCCCCCUCGCGUCCUCCUCCCAAGGGCCAUCCGGCCCUCCUCAACCUUCCCCCCUCGCGUCCUCCUCCCAAGGGCCAUCCGGCCCUCCUCAACCUUCCCCCUCGCGUCCUCCUCCCAAGGGCCAUCCGGCCCUCCUCAACCUUCCCCCCUCGCGUCCUCCUCCCAAGGGCCAUCCGGCCCUCCUCAACCUUCCCCCCUCGCGUCCUCCUCCCAAGGGCCAUCCGGCCCUCCUCAACCUUCCCCCCUCGCGUCCUCCUCCCAAGGGCCAUCCGGCCCUCCUCAACCUUCCCCCCUCGCGUCCUCCUCCCAAGGGCCAUCCGGCCCUCCUCAACCUUCCCCCUCGCGUCCUCCUCCAAGGGGCCAUCCGGCCCUCCUCAACCUUCCCCCCUCGCGUCCUCCUCCCAAGGGCCAUCCGGCCCUCCUCAACCUUCCCCCCUCGCGUCCUCCUCCCAAGGGCCAUCCGGCCCUCCUCAACCUUCCCCCCUCGCGUCCUCCUCCCAAGGGCCAUCCGGCCCUCCUCAACCUUCCCCCUCGCGUCCUCCUCCCAAGGGCCAUCCGGCCCUCCUCAACCUUCCCCCGCGCGUCCUCCUCCCAGGGCCAUCCGGCCCUCCUCAACCUUCCCCUCGCUCCUCCCAAGGGCCAUCCGGCCCUCCUCAACCUUCCCCCCUCGCGUCCUCCUCCCAAGGGCCAUCCGGCCCUCCUCAACCUUCCCCCCUCGCGUCCUCCUCCCAAGGGCCAUCCGGCCCUCCUCAACCUUCCCCCCUCGCGUCCUCCUCCCAAGGGCCAUCCGGCCCUCCUCAACCUUCCCCCCUCGCGUCCUCCUCCCAAGGGCCAUCCGGCCCUCCUCAACCUUCCCCCCUCGCGUCCUCCUCCCAAGGGCCAUCCGGCCCUCCUCAACCUUCCACCCCGUCGCGUCCUCCUCCAAGGGCCAUGCCGGCCCUCCUCAACCUUCCCCCCUCGCGUCCUCCUCCCAAGGGCCAUCCGGCCCUCCUCAACCUUCCCCCCUCGCGUCCUCCUCCCAAGGGCCAUCCGGCCCUCCUCAACCUUCCCCCCUCGCGUCCUCCUCCCAAGGGCCAUCCGCCCUCCUCAACCUUCCCCCCUCGCGUCCUCCUCCCAAGGGCCAUCCGGCCCUCCUCAACCUUCCCCCCUCGCGUCCUCCUCCCAAGGGCCAUCCGGCCCUCCUCAACCUUCCCCCCUCGCGUCCUCCUCCCAAGGGCCAUCCGGCCCUCCUCAACCUUCCCCCCUCGCGUCCUCCUCCCAAGGGCCAUCCGGCCCUCCUCAACCUUCCCCCCUCGCGUCCUCCUCCCAAGGGCCAUCCGGCCCUCCUCAACCUUCACCCCCUCGCGUCCCUCCUCCCAAGGGCCAUCCGGCCCUCCUCACCUUCCCCCCUCGCGUCCUCCUCCCAAGGGCCAUCCGGCCCUCCUCAACCUUCCCCCCUCGCGUCCUCCUCCCAAGGGCCAUCCGGCCCUCCUCAAACCUUCCCCCCUCGCGUCCUCCUCCCAAGGGCCAUCCGGCCCUCCUCAACCUUCCCCCCUCGCGUCCUCCUCCCAAGGGCCAUCCGGCCCUCCUCAACCUUCCCCCCUCGCGUCCUCCUCCCAAGGGCCAUCCGGCCCUCCUCACCUUCCCCCCUCGCGUCCUCCUCCCAAGGGCCAUCCGGCCCUCCUCAACCUUCCCCCCUCGCGUCCUCCUCCCAAGGGCCAUCCGGCCCUCCUCAACCUUCCCCCCUCGCGUCCUCCUCCCAAGGGCCAUCCGGCCCUCCUCAACCUUCCCCCCUCGCGUCCUCCUCCCAAGGGCCAUCCGGCCCUCCUCAACCUUCCCCCCUCGCGUCCUCCUCCCAAGGGCCAUCCGGCCCUCCUCAACCUUCCCCCCUCGCGUCCUCCUCCCAAGGGCCAUCCGGCCCUCCUCAACCUUCCCCCCUCGCGUCCUCCUCCCAAGGGCCAUCCGGCCCUCCUCAACCUUCCCCCCUCGCGUCCUCCUCCCAAGGGCCAUCCGGCCAUCCUCAACCUUCCCCCUCGCGGUCCUCCUCCCAAGGGCCAUCCGGCCCUCCUCAACCUUCCCCCCUCGCGUCCUCCUCCCAAGGGCCAUCCGGCCCUCCUCAACCUUCCCACCCUCGCGUCCUCCUCCCAAGGGCCAUCCGGCCCUCCUCAACCGUCCCCCCUCGCGUCCUCCUCCCAAGGGCCAUCCGGCCCUCCUCACCUUCCCCCCUCGCGUCCUCCUCCCAAGGGCCAUCCGGCCCUCCUCAACCUUCCCCCCUCGCGUCCUCCUCCCAAGGGCCAUCCGGCCCUCCUCAACCUUCCCCCCUCGCGUCCUCCUCCCAAGGGCCAUCCGGCCCUCCUCAACCUUCCCCCCUCGCGUCCUCCUCCCAAGGGCCAUCCGGCCCUCCUCAACCUUCCCCCCUCGCGUCCUCCUCCCAAGGGCCAUCCGGCCCUCCUCAACCUUCCCCCCUCGCGUCCUCCUCCCAAGGGCCAUCCGGCCCUCCUCAACCUUCCCCCCUCGCGUCCUCCUCCCAAGGGCCAUCCGGCCCUCCUCAACCUUCCCCCCUCGCGUCCUCCCUCCCAAGGGCCAUCCGGCCCUCCUCAACCUUCCCCCCUCGCGUCCUCCUCCCAAGGGCCAUCCCGGCCCUCCUCAACCUUCCCCCCUCGCGUCCUCCUCCCAAGGGCCAUCCGGCCCUCCUCAACCUUCCCCCCCUCGCGUCCUCCUCCCAAGGGCCAUCCGGCCCUCCUCAACCUUCCCCCCUCGCGUCCUCCUCCCAAGGGCCAUCCGGCCCUCCUCAACCUUCCCCCCUCGCGUCCUCCUCCACCCAAGGGCCAUCCGGCCUCCUCAACCUUCCCCCCUCGGCGUCCUCCUCCCAAGGGCCAUCCGGCCCUCCUCAACCUUCCCCCCUCGCGUCCUCUCCCAAGGGCCAUCCGGCCCUCCUCAACCUUCCCCCCUCGCGUCCUCCUCCCAAGGGCCAUCCGGCCCUCCUCAACCUUCCCCCCUCGCGUCCUCCUCCCAAGGGCCAUCCGGCCCUCCUCAACCUUCCCCCCUCGCGUCCUCCUCCCAAGGGCCAUCCGGCCCUCCUCAACCUUCCCCCCUCGCGUCCUCCUCCCAAGGGCCAUCCGGCCCUCCUCAACCUUCCCCCCUCGCGUCCUCCUCCCAAGGGCCAUCCGGCCCUCCUCAACCUUCCCCCCUCGCGUCCUCCUCCCAAGGGCCAUCCGGCCCUCCUCAACCUUCCCCCCCUCGCGUCCUCCUCCCAAGGGCCAUCCGGCCCUCCUCAACCUUCCCCCCUCGCGUCCUCCUCCAAGGGCCAUCCGGCCCUCCUCAACCUUCCCCCCUCGCGUCCUCCUCCCAAGGGCCAUCCGGCCCUCCUCAACCUUCCCCCCUCGCGUCCUCCUCCCAAGGGCCAUCCGGCCCUCCUCAACCUUCCCCCCUCGCGUCCUCCUCCCAAGGGCCAUCCGGCCCUCCUCAACUUCCCCCCUCGCGUCCUCCUCCCAAGGGCCAUCCGGCCCUCCUCAACCUUCCCCCCUCGCGUCCUCCUCCCAAGGGCCAUCCGGCCCUCCUCAACCUUCCCCCCUCGCGUCCUCCUCCCAAGGGCCAUCCGGCCCUCCUCAACCUUCCCCCUCGCGUCCUCCUCCAAGGGCAUCCGGCCCUCCUCAACUUCCCACCUCUCGCGUCCUCCUCCCAAGGGCCAUCCGGCCCUCCUCAACCUUCCCCCUCGCGUCCUCCUCCCAAGGGCCAUCCGGCCCUCCUCAACCUUCCCCCCUCGCGUCCUCCUCCCAAGGGCCAUCCGGCCCUCCUCAACCUUCCCCCCUCGCGUCCUCCUCCCAAGGGCCAUCCGGCCCUCCUCAACCUUCCCCCCUCGCGUCCUCCUCCCAAGGGCCAUCCGGCCCUCCUCAACCUUCCCACCCUCGCGUCCUCCUCCCAAGGGCCAUCCGGCCCUCCCUCAGACCUUCCCCCCUCGCGUCCUCCUCCCAAGGGCCAUCCGGCCUCCUCAACCUUCCCCCCUCGCGUCCUCCUCCCAAGGGCCAUCCGGCCUCCUCAACCUUCCCCCCUCGCGUCCUCCUCCCAAGGGCCAUCCUGCCCUCCUCAACCUUCCCCCCUCGCGUCCUCCUCCCAAGGGCCAUCCGGCCCCUCCUCAACCUUCCCCCCUCGCGUCCUCCUCCCAAGGGCCAUCCGGCCCUCCUCAACCUUCCCCCUCCUCGCGUCCUCCUCCCAAGGGCCAUCCGGCCCUCCUCAACCUUCCCCCCUCGCGUCCUCCUCCCAAGGGCCAUCCGGCCCUCCUCAACCUUCCCCCCCUCGCGUCCUCCUCCCAAGGGCCAUCCGGCCCUCCUCAACCUUCCCCCUCGCGUCCUCCUCCCAAGGGCCAUCCGGCCCUCCUCAACCUUCCCCCCUCGCGUCCUCCUCCCAAGGGCCAUCCGGCCCUCCUCAACCUUCCCCCCUCGCGUCUCCUCCCAAGGGCCAUCCGGCCCUCCUCAACCUUCCCCCCCUCGCGUCCUCCUCCCAAGGGCCAUCCGGCCCUCCUCAACCUUCCCCCCUCGCGUCCUCCUCCCAAGGGCCAUCCGGCCCUCCUCAACCUUCCCCCCUCGCGUCCUCCUCCCAGGGCCAUCCGGCCCUCCUCAACCUUCCCCCCUCAGCGUCCUCCUCCCAAGGGCCAUCCGGCCCUCCUCAACCUUCCCCCCUCGCGUCCUCCUCCCAAGGGCCAUCCGGCCCUCCUCAACCUUCCCCCCUCGCGUCCUCCUCCCAAGGGCCAUCCGGCCCUCCUCAACAUCCCCCCUCGCGUCCUCCUCCAGAGGGCCAUCCGGCCCUCCUCAACCUUCCCCCCCUCGCGUCCUCCUCCCAAGGGCCAUCCGGCCCUCCUCAACCUUCCCCCCCUCGCGUCCUCCUCCCAAGGGCCAUCCGGCCCUCCUCAACCUUCCCCCCUCGCGUCCUCCUCCCAAGGGCCAUCCGGCCCUCCUCAACCUUCCCCCCUCGCUUCCUCCUCCCAGGGCCAUCCGGCCCUCCUCAACCUUCCCCCUCGCGUCCUCUCUCCCAAGGGCCAUCCGGCCCUCCUCAACUUCCCCCCUCGCGUCCUUCCUCCCAAGGGCCAUCCGGCCCUCCUCAACCUUCCCCUCCGCGUCCUCCUCCCAAGGGCCAUCCGCCCUCCUCAACCUUCCCCCCCUCGCGUCCUCCUCCCAAGGGCCAUCCGCCCUCCUCAACCUUCCCCCCUCGCGUCCUCCUCCCAAGGGCCAUCCGGCCCUCCUCAACCUUCCCCCCUCGCGUCCUCCUCCCAAGGGCCAUCCGGCCCUCCUCAACCUUCCCCCCUCGCGUCCUCCUCCCAAGGGCCAUCCGGCCCUCCUCAACCUUCCCCCCUCGCGUCCUCCUCCCAAGGGCCAUCCGGCCCUCCUCAACCUUCCCCCCCUCGCGUCCUCCUCCCAAGGGCCAUCCGGCCCUCCUCAACCUUCCCCCCUCGCGUCCUCCUCCCAAGGGCCAUCCGGGCCCUCCUCAACCUUCCCCCCUCGCUUCCUCCUCCCAAGGGCCAUCCGGCCCUCCUCAACCUUCCCCCCUCGCGGCACUCCGGCCCUCCUCAACCUUCCCCCCUCGCGUCCUCCUCCCAGGGCCAUCCGGCCCUCCUCAACCUUCCCCCCUCGCUCCUCCCCCAAGGGCCAUCCGGCCCUCCUCAACCGCCUCUUCCCCCCCUCGGUCCUCCUCCCAAAGGGCCAUCCGGCCCUCCUCAACCUUUCCCCCUCGCGUCCUCCUCCCAAGGGCCAUCCGGCCCCUCCUCAACCUUCCCCCUCGCGUCCUCCUCCCAAGGGCCAUCCGGCACCUCCUCAACCUUCCCCCCUCGCGUCCUCCUCCAAGGGCCAUCCGGCCCUCCUCAACCUUCCCCCCUCGCGUCCUCCUCCCAAGGGCCAUCCGGCCCUCCUCAACCUUCCCCCCUCGCGUCCUCCUCCCAAGGGCCAUCCGGCCCUCCUCAACCUUCCCCCCUCGCUGUCCUCCUCCCAAGGGCCAUCCGGCCCUCCCUCAACCUUCCCCCCUCGCGUCCUCCUCCCAAGGGCCAUCCGGCCCUCCUCCCCCUUCCCCCCUCGCGUCCUCCUCCCAGGCCAUCCGGCCCUCCUCCCCCUUCCCCCUCGCGUCCUCCUCCCAAGGGCCAUCCGGCCCUCCUCCCCCCUUCCCCCCUCGCGUCCUCCUCCAAGGGCCAUCCGGCCCUCUCUCCCCCUUCCCCCCCUCGCGUCUCCUCCCAAGGGCCAUCCGGCCCUCCUCCCCCUUCCCCCCUCGCGUCCUCCUCCCAAGGGCCAUCCGGCCCUCCUCUCCCCUUCCCCCCUCGCGUCCUCCUCCCAGGGCCAUCCGGCCCUCAUCACCCUUCCCCCCUCGCGUCCUCCUCCAAAGGGCCAUCCGGCCCUCCUCCCCCUUCCCCCCUCGCGUCCUCCUCCCAAUGGCCAUCCCGCCGGCCCUCCUCCCCUUCCCACCUUCCCCCCUCGCGUCCCUCCUCCAAGGGCCAUCCGGGCCCCUCCUCCCCCUUCCCCCCUCGCGUCCUCCUCCCAAGGGCCAUCCGGCCCUCCUCCCCCUUCCCCCCUCGCGUCCUCCUCCCAAGGGCCAUCCGGCCCUCCUCCCCCUUCCCCCCUCGCGUCCUCCUCCCAAGGGCCAUCCGGCCCUCCUCCCCCUUCCCCCCUCGCGUCCUCCUCCCAAGGGCCAUCCGGCCCUCCUCCCCCUUCCCCCCUCGCGUCCUCCUCCCAAGGGCCAUCCGGCCCUCCUCCCCCUUCCCCCCUCCGCGUCCUCCUCCCAAGGGCCAUCCCGGCCCUCCUCCCCCUUCCCCCUCGCGUCCUCCUCCCAAGGGCCAUCCGGCCCUCCUCCCCCUUCCCCCCUCGCGUCCUCCUCCCAAGGCCAUCCGCCCUCCUCCCCUUCCCCCUCGCGUCCUCCUCCCAAGGGCCAUCCGGCCCUCCUCCCCUUCCCCCCUCGCGUCCUCCUCCCAAGGGCCAUCCGGCCCUCCUCACCCAUUCCCCCCUCGCGUCCUCCUCCAAGGGCCAUCCGGCCCCUCCUCCCCCUUCCCCCCUCGCGUCCUCCUCCCAAGGGCCAUCCGGCCCUCCUCCCCCUUCCCCCCUCGCGUCCUCCUCCCAAGGGCCAUCCGGCCCUCCUCAACCUUCCCCCCUCGCGUCCUCCUCCCAAGGGCCAUCCGGCCCUCCUCCCCUUCCCCCCUCGCGUCCUCCUCCCAAGGGCCAUCCGGCCCUCCUCAACCUUCCCCCCUCGCGUCCUCCUCCCAAGGGCCAUCCGGCCCUCCUCAACCUUCCCCCCUCGCGUCCUCCUCCCAAGGGCCAUCCGGCCCUCCUCCCCUUCCCCCCUCGCGUCCUCCUCCCAAGGGCCAUCCGGCCCUCCUCAACCUUCCCCCCUCGCGUCCUCCUCCCAAGGGCCAUCCGGCCCUCCUCAACCUUCCCCCCUCGCGUCCUCCUCCCAAGGGCCAUCCGGCCCUCCUCCCCUUCCCCCCUCGCGUCCUCCUCCCAAGGGCCAUCCGGCCCUCCUCCCCCUUCCCCCCUCGCGUCCUCCUCCCAAGGGCCAUCCGGCCUCCUCCCCCUUCCCCCCUCGCGUCCUCCUCCCAAGGGCCAUCCGGCCCUCCUCCCCUUCCCCCUCGCGUCCUCCUCCCAAGGGCCAUCCGGCCCUCCUCAACCUUCCCCCCUCGCGUCCUCCUCCCAAGGGCCAUCCGGCCCUCCUCCCCUUCCCCCCUCGCGUCCUCCUCCCAAGGGCCAUCCGGCCCUCCUCCCCCUUCCCCCCUCGCGUCCUCCUCCCAAGGGCCAUCCGGCCCUCCUCCCCCUUCCCCCCUCGCGUCCUCCUCCCAAGGGCCAUCCGGCCCUCCUCCCCUUCCCCCCUCGCGUCCUCCUCCCAAGGGCCAUCCGGCCCUCCUCCCCUUCCCCCUCGCGUCCUCCUCCCAAGGGCCAUCCGGCCCUCCUCCCCCUUCCCCCCUCGCGUCCUCCUCCCAAGGGCCAUCCGGCCCUCCUCACCCUUCCCCCCUCGCGUCCUCCUCCCAAGGGCCAUCCGGCCCUCCUCAACCUUCCCCCCUCGCGUCCUCCUCCCAAGGGCCAUCCGGCCCUCCUCAACCCUUCCCCCCUCGCGUCCUCCUCCCAAGGGCCAUCCGGCCCUCCUCCCCCUUCCCCCCUCGCGUCCUCCUCCCAAGGGCCAUCCGGCCCUCCUCCCCCUUCCCCCCUCGCGUCCUCCUCCCAAGGGCCAUCCGGCCCUCCUCAACCUUCCCCCCUCGCGUCCUCCUCCCAAGGGCCAUCCGGCCCUCCUCCCCCUUCCCCCCUCGCGUCCUCCUCCCAAGGGCCAUCCGGCCCUCCUCAACCUUCCCCCCUCGCGUCCUCCUCCCAAGGGCCAUCCGGCCCUCCUCCCCUUCCCCCCUCGCGUCCUCCUCCCAAGGGCCAUCCGGCCCUCCUCAACCUUCCCCCCUCGCGUCCUCCUCCCAAGGGCCAUCCGGCCCUCCUCAACCUUCCCCCCUCGCGUCCUCCUCCCAAGGGCCAUCCGGCCCUCCUCAACCUUCCCCCCUCGCGUCCUCCUCCCAAGGGCCAUCCGGCCCUCCUCCCCCUUCCCCCCUCGCGUCCUCCUCCCAAGGGCCAUCCGGCCCUCCUCAACCUUCCCCCCUCGCGUCCUCCUCCCAAGGGCCAUCCGGCCCUCCUCCCCCUUCCCCCCUCGCGUCCUCCUCCCAAGGGCCAUCCGGCCCUCCUCCCAAGGGCCAUCCGGCCCUCCUCAACCUUCCCCCCUCGCGUCCUCCUCCCAAGGGCCAUCCGGCCCUCCUCCCCCUUCCCCCCUCGCGUCCUCCUCCCAAGGGCCAUCCGGCCCUCCUCCCCCUUCCCCCCUCGCGUCCUCCUCCCAAGGGCCAUCCGGCCCUCCUCCCCUUCCCCCCUCGCGUCCUCCUCCCAAGGGCCAUCCGGCCCUCCUCCCUUCCCCCCUCGCGUCCUCCUCCCAAGGGCCAUCCGGCCCUCCUCCCCCUUCCCCCCUCGCGUCCUCCUCCCAAGGGCCAUCCGGCCCUCCUCCCCCUUCCCCCCUCGCGUCCUCCUCCCAAGGGCCAUCCGGCCCUCCUCAACCUUCCCCCUCGCGUCCUCCUCCCAAGGGCCAAUCCGGCCCUCCUCAACCUUCCCCCCUCGCGUCCUCCUCCCAAGGGCCAUCCGGCCCUCCUCAACCUUCCCCCCUCGCGUCCUCCUCCCAAGGGCCAUCCGGCCCUCCUCAACCUUCCCCCCUCGCGUCCUCCUCCCAAGGGCCAUCCGGCCCUCCUCACCCUUCCCCCCUCGCGUCCUCCUCCCAAGGGCCAUCCGGCCCUCCUCAACCUUCCCCCUCUGCGUCCCUCCUCCCAAGGGCAAUCCGGCCCUCCUCAACCUUCCCCCUCGCGUCCUCCUCCCAAGGGGCCAUCCGGCCCUCCUCAACCCUUCCCCCCCGCGUCCUCCUCCCAAGGGCCAUCCGGCCCUCCUCAACCUUCCCCCCUCGGUUCCUCUCCCAAGGGCCAUCCGGCCCUCCUCCCCCUUACACCUCCUCGCGUCAUCCCUCCCAAGGUCAUCACGGCCCUCCUCCCCCCCCUUCCACCAUCGCGGUCCUCCUCCCAAGGGCCAUACGGCACUCCUCCCCUUCCCCCCUCGCGUCCUCCUCCCAAGGGCCAUCCGGCCCUCCUCCCCUUCCCCCCUCGCGUCCUCCUCCCAAGGGCCAUCCGGCCCUCCUCCCCUUCCCCCCUCGCGUCCUCCUCCCAAGGGCCAUCCGGCCCUCCUCCCCCUUCCCCCCUCGCGUCCUCCUCCCAAGGGCCAUCCGGCCCUCCUCCCCCUUCCCCCCUCGCGUCCUCCUCCCAAGGGCCAUCCGGCCCUCCUCCCCUUCCCCCCUCGCGUCCUCCUCCCAAGGGCCAUCCGGCCCUCCUCCCCUUUCCCCCCUCGCGUCCUCCUCCCAAGGGCCAUCCGGCCCUCCUCCCCUUCCCCCCUCGCGUCCUCCUCCCAAGGGCCAUCCGGCCCUCCUCCUCCCUUCCCCCCUCGCGUCCUCCUCCCAAGGGCCAUCCGGCCCUCCUCCCCCUUCCCCCCUCGCGUCCUCCUCCCAAGGGCCAUCCGGCCCUCCUCCCCCUUCCCCCCUCGCGUCCUCCUCCCAAGGGCCAUCCGGCCCUCCUCAACCUUCCCCCCUCGCGUCCUCCUCCCAAGGGCCAUCCGGCCCUCCUCCCCCUUCCCCCCUCGCGUCCUCCUCCCAAGGGCCAUCCGGCCCUCCUCCCCCUUCCCCCCUCGCGUCCUCCUCCCAAGGGCCAUCCGGCCCUCCUCCCCCUUCCCCCCUCGCGUCCUCCUCCCAAGGGCCAUCCGGCCCUCCUCCCCCUUCCCCCCUCGCGUCCUCCUCCCAAGGGCCAUCCGGCCCUCCUCCCCUUCCCCCCUCGCGUCCUCCUCCCAAGGGCCAUCCGGCCCUCCUCAACCUUCCCCCCUCGCGUCCUCCUCCCAAGGGCCAUCCGGCCCUCCUCAACCUUCCCCCCUCGCGUCCUCCUCCCAAGGGCCAUCCGGCCCUCCUCAACCUUCCCCCCUCGCGUCCUCCUCCCAAGGGCCAUCCGGCCCUCCUCCUCCCUUCCCCCCUCGCGUCCUCCUCCCAAGGGCCAUCCGGCCCUCCUCCCCUUCCCCCCUCGCGUCCUCCUCCCAAGGGCCAUCCGGCCCUCCUCCCCCUUCCCCCCUCGCGUCCUCCUCCCAAGGGCCAUCCGGCCCUCCUCCCCCUUCCCCCCUCGCGUCCUCCUCCCAAGGGCCAUCCGGCCCUCCUCCCCCUUCCCCCCUCGCGUCCUCCUCCCAAGGGCCAUCCGGCCCUCCUCCCCCUUCCCCCCUCGCGUCCUCCUCCCAAGGGCCAUCCGGCCCUCCUCCCCUUCCCCCCUCGCGUCCUCCUCCCAAGGGCCAUCCGGCCCUCCUCAACCUUCCCCCCUCGCGUCCUCCUCCCAAGGGCCAUCCGGCCCUCCUCCCCUUCCCCCCUCGCGUCCUCCUCCCAAGGGCCAUCCGGCCCUCCUCAACCUUCCCCCCUCGCGUCCUCCUCCCAAGGGCCAUCCGGCCCUCCUCAACCUUCCCCCUCGCGUCCUCCUCCCAAGGGCCAUCCGGCCCUCCUCCCCUUCCCCCCUCGCGUCCUCCUCCCAAGGGCCAUCCGGCCCUCCUCAACCUUCCCCCCUCGCGUCCUCCUCCCAAGGGCCAUCCGGCCCUCCUCCCCCUUCCCCCCUCGCGUCCUCCUCCCAAGGGCCAUCCGGCCCUCCUCAACCUUCCCCCCUCGCGUCCUCCUCCCAAGGGCCAUCCGGCCCUCCUCCCCCUUCCCCCCUCGCGUCCUCCUCCCAAGGGCCAUCCGGCCCUCCUCAACCCCCCUCCCCCCUCGCGUCCUCCUCCCAAGGGCCAUCCGGCCCUCCUCAACCUUCCCCCCUCGCGUCCUCCUCCCAAGGGCCAUCCGGCCCUCCUCCCCUUCCCCCCUCGCGUCCUCCUCCCAAGGGCCAUCCGGCCCUCCUCCCCCUUCCCCCCUCGCGUCCUCCUCCCAAGGGCCAUCCGGCCCUCCUCAACCUUCCCCCCUCGCGUCCUCCUCCCAAGGGCCAUCCGGCCCUCCUCCCCUUCCCCCCUCGCGUCCUCCUCCCAAGGGCCAUCCGGCCCUCCUCCCCCUUCCCCCCUCGCGUCCUCCUCCCAAGGGCCAUCCGGCCCUCCUCCCCCUUCCCCCCUCGCGUCCUCCUCCCAAGGGCCAUCCGGCCCUCCUCCCCUUCCCCCCUCGCGUCCUCCUCCCAAGGGCCAUCCGGCCCUCCUCCCCCUUCCCCCCUCGCGUCCUCCUCCCAAGGGCCAUCCGGCCCUCCUCCCCCUUCCCCCCUCGCGUCCUCCUCCCAAGGGCCAUCCGGCCCUCCUCCCCCUUCCCCCCUCGCGUCCUCCUCCCAAGGGCCAUCCGGCCCUCCUCCCCCUUCCCCCCUCGCGUCCUCCUCCCAAGGGCCAUCCGGCCCUCCUCCCCCUUCCCCCCUCGCGUCCUCCUCCCAAGGGCCAUCCGGCCCUCCUCCCCCUUCCCCCCUCGCGUCCUCCUCCCAAGGGCCAUCCGGCCCUCCUCCCCCUUCCCCCCUCGCGUCCUCCUCCCAAGGGCCAUCCGGCCCUCCUCCCCCUUCCCCCCUCGCGUCCUCCUCCCAAGGGCCAUCCGGCCCUCCUCCCCCUUCCCCCCUCGCGUCCUCCUCCCAAGGGCCAUCCGGCCCUCCUCCCCCUUCCCCCCUCGCGUCCUCCUCCCAAGGGCCAUCCGGCCCUCCUCCCCCUUCCCCCCUCGCGUCCUCCUCCCAAGGGCCAUCCGGCCCUCCUCCCCCUUCCCCCCUCGCGUCCUCCUCCCAAGGGCCAUCCGGCCCUCCUCCCCCUUCCCCCCUCGCGUCCUCCUCCCAAGGGCCAUCCGGCCCUCCUCCCCCUUCCCCCCUCGCGUCCUCCUCCCAAGGGCCAUCCGGCCCUCCUCCCCCUUCCCCCCUCGCGUCCUCCUCCCAAGGGCCAUCCGGCCCUCCUCCCCCUUCCCCCCUCGCGUCCUCCUCCCAAGGGCCAUCCGGCCCUCCUCCCCCUUCCCCCCUCGCGUCCUCCUCCCAAGGGCCAUCCGGCCCUCCUCCCCCUUCCCCCCUCGCGUCCUCCUCCCAAGGGCCAUCCGGCCCUCCUCCCCCUUCCCCCCUCGCGUCCUCCUCCCAAGGGCCAUCCGGCCCUCCUCCCCCUUCCCCCCUCGCGUCCUCCUCCCAAGGGCCAUCCGGCCCUCCUCCCCCUUCCCCCCUCGCGUCCUCCUCCCAAGGGCCAUCCGGCCCUCCUCCCCCUUCCCCCCUCGCGUCCUCCUCCCAAGGGCCAUCCGGCCCUCCUCCCCCUUCCCCCCUCGCGUCCUCCUCCCAAGGGCCAUCCGGCCCUCCUCCCCCUUCCCCCCUCGCGUCCUCCUCCCAAGGGCCAUCCGGCCCUCCUCCCCCUUCCCCCCUCGCGUCCUCCUCCCAAGGGCCAUCCGGCCCUCCUCCCCCUUCCCCCCUCGCGUCCUCCUCCCAAGGGCCAUCCGGCCCUCCUCCCCCUUCCCCCCUCGCGUCCUCCUCCCAAGGGCCAUCCGGCCCUCCUCCCCCUUCCCCCCUCGCGUCCUCCUCCCAAGGGCCAUCCGGCCCUCCUCCCCCUUCCCCCCUCGCGUCCUCCUCCCAAGGGCCAUCCGGCCCUCCUCCCCCUUCCCCCCUCGCGUCCUCCUCCCAAGGGCCAUCCGGCCCUCCUCCCCCUUCCCCCCUCGCGUCCUCCUCCCAAGGGCCAUCCGGCCCUCCUCCCCCUUCCCCCCUCGCGUCCUCCUCCCAAGGGCCAUCCGGCCCUCCUCCCCCUUCCCCCCUCGCGUCCUCCUCCCAAGGGCCAUCCGGCCCUCCUCCCCCUUCCCCCUCGCGUCCUCCUCCCAAGGGCCAUCCGGCCCUCCUCCCCCUUCCCCCCUCGCGUCCUCCUCCCAAGGGCCAUCCGGCCCUCCUCCCCCUUCCCCCCUCGCGUCCUCCUCCCAAGGGCCAUCCGGCCCUCCUCCCCCUUCCCCCCUCGCGUCCUCCUCCCAAGGGCCAUCCGGCCCUCCUCCCCCUUCCCCCCUCGCGUCCUCCUCCCAAGGGCCAUCCGGCCCUCCUCCCCCUUCCCCCCUCGCGUCCUCCUCCCAAGGGCCAUCCGGCCCUCCUCCCCCUUCCCCCCUCGCGUCCUCCUCCCAAGGGCCAUCCGGCCCUCCUCCCCCUUCCCCCCUCGCGUCCUCCUCCCAAGGGCCAUCCGGCCCUCCUCCCCCUUCCCCCCUCGCGUCCUCCUCCCAAGGGCCAUCCGGCCCUCCUCCCCCUUCCCCCCUCGCGUCCUCCUCCCAAGGGCCAUCCGGCCCUCCUCCCCCUUCCCCCCUCGCGUCCUCCUCCCAAGGGCCAUCCGGCCCUCCUCCCCCUUCCCCCCUCGCGUCCUCCUCCCAAGGGCCAUCCGGCCCUCCUCCCCCUUCCCCCCUCGCGUCCUCCUCCCAAGGGCCAUCCGGCCCUCCUCCCCCUUCCCCCCUCGCGUCCUCCUCCCAAGGGCCAUCCGGCCCUCCUCCCCCUUCCCCCCUCGCGUCCUCCUCCCAAGGGCCAUCCGGCCCUCCUCCCCCUUCCCCCCUCGCGUCCUCCUCCCAAGGGCCAUCCGGCCCUCCUCCCCCUUCCCCCCUCGCGUCCUCCUCCCAAGGGCCAUCCGGCCCUCCUCCCCUUCCCCCCUCGCGUCCUCCUCCCAAGGGCCAUCCGGCCCUCCUCCCCCUUCCCCCCUCGCGUCCUCCUCCCAAGGGCCAUCCGGCCCUCCUCCCCCUUCCCCCCUCGCGUCCUCCUCCCAAGGGCCAUCCGGCCCUCCUCCCCCUUCCCCCCUCGCGUCCUCCUCCCAAGGGCCAUCCGGCCCUCCUCCCCCUUCCCCCCUCGCGUCCUCCUCCCAAGGGCCAUCCGGCCCUCCUCCCCCUUCCCCCCUCGCGUCCUCCUCCCAAGGGCCAUCCGGCCCUCCUCCCCCUUCCCCCCUCGCGUCCUCCUCCCAAGGGCCAUCCGGCCCUCCUCCCCCUUCCCCCCUCGCGUCCUCCUCCCAAGGGCCAUCCGGCCCUCCUCCCCCUUCCCCCCUCGCGUCCUCCUCCCAAGGGCCAUCCGGCCCCCCUCGCCCAUCCGGCCCUCCUCCCCCUUCCCCCCUCGCGUCCUCCUCCCAAGGGCCAUCCGGCCUCUCCCCCUUCCCCCUCGGCUUCCUUUCCUCCACCAAGGGCCAUCCGGCCCUCCUCCCCCUUCCCCCUCGCGCCUCCUCCCAAGGGCCAUCUCCCUCCUCCCCCUUCCCCCCUCGCCGUCCUCCUCCCAAGGCCAUCCGGCCCUCCUCCCCCUUCCCCCCUCGCGUCACCUCCUCCCAAGGCCAUCCGGCCCUCUACACCUAUCCCCCUCGCGUUCCUCCUCCCAAGGCCAUCCGGCCCUCCUCCCUUCCACCUCUCGGUCCUCCUCCCAAGGGCCAUCCGGCCUCCUCCCCCUUCCCCUCGCGUCUUCCUCCCAAGGGCCAUCCGGCCCUCCUCCCCCUUACCCCCCUCGCCGGCAUACUCCCAAGGGCCAUUCCGGGCCUCCUCCCCCUUCCCCCCUCGCGUCCUCCUCCCAAGGCCCAUCCGGCCCUCCUCCCCUUUUUUUUAUCCCCCCUCGCGUCCUCCUCCCAAGGGCCAUCCGGCCCUCCUCCCCCUUCCCCCCCCUCGCGUCCUCCUCCCAAGGGCCAUCCGGCCCUCCUCCCCCUUCCCCCCUCGCGUCCUCCUCCCAAGGGCCAUCCGGCCCCUUCUCCCCCUUCCCCCUCGCUGCCGCUGCCGUCUCCCUUUGCCGCCGCAGCCCGCCCGCUGCAGCUGCCGUCUCCCUUCGCCGCCGCAGCCCGCACGCUGCAGCCGCCGUCAUCCGCCGCAGCCCCUCCUUCGGCUGGCGUGCCGCAUCAUCCGCCGCAGCCCCUCCUUCGGCUGGCGUGCCACAUCAUCCGCCGCAGCCCCUCCUUUGGCUGGCGUGCCGCAUCAUCCGCCGCAGCCCCUCCUUGGGCUGGCGUGCCGCAUCAUCCGCCGCAGCCCCUCCUUCGGCUGGCGUGCCGCAUCAUCCGCCGCAGCCCCUCCUUCGGCUGGCUUGCCUCCCUCACCUGCAGCAGCCCCCCCUCCCGGCUGGCGUGCGACCUCACUGCCGCAGCACCUUGGGCUGGCUUGCCUCCUCACCUGCAGCAGCCCCCCCUCCCGGCUGGCGUCCGACCUCAUCGCCGCAGCACCUUGGGCUGGCUUGCCUCCUCACCUGCAGCAGCCCCCCCUCCCGGCUGGCGUGCGACCUCACCGCCGCAGCACCUUGGGCUGGCUUCCCUCCUCACCUGCAGCAGCCCCCCCUCCCAGCUGGCGUGCGACCUCACCGCCGCCGCACCUUGGGCUGGCUUGCCUCCUCACCUGCAGCAGCCCCCCCUUGGGCUGGCUUGCCUCCUCACCUGCAGCAGCCCCCCCUCCCGGCUGGCCAAGGAGCGUGA